UCCAUUCCGUUGUCCUGGGUGGAAGGCAGAACACAGGAUCCGCUUCGCGAAAGUCAUAUUCCUGGUCGUAAUGAUGGUGAGUUGACGUUGCUCUUAUAUUCAGUAGUUCCUCCCGACUGUAUGUAAUGAAACCUAAGAUUACUUGGGGUACCAAUGUAAGAAAUAACACGUAAAAAAACAAAAUACUGCAUAGUUUCCUAGGAACGCGAAGCGAGGCGGCCAUCUCUGUCGGAGCCAGAAUCCCACAUUUUUACCUCCUGUUUCAGGAAGUGAUGUCACUGAGUACUGCCCCUAUAUAUAGGACCUUCCACCCCCAUCUGGAAUAUGAAUGUCUGAUGAAAACCUAAGGGUCGAAACGUUGUUAUAAAUAAACAUUACCUGGGAGCAUGAGCAGCAGUGUCCGAAGUUUUCCUUUCUGUUUUCCAAGAGUUUCAAAUAAACAACCUGGAUAAAAAACAGUUAAGAAAUACUGUUCUUUAGCGGUUAUUUUUGGGACAAUUGUGUGUCCGAUAGUUAUCUUGUAUGAGUGCCAAUGCGCAUUGAUCGGAUUUUCCCCAUCGUUGAUAUCUCUCUACAGCUUCCAUGUCCUCCAGCUACUGCGGUAACUCUGACCCCCUUUCAUCCAGCCGUCAAGAAGCCGUGCCCAUCUCCCGCUACCCUCUACGAGGGUCAGCAUCAUCACCAGCGUCUCCACCACCCUGCUGUGUGCUGUCAUCUUCUAUUCUGUGGAAUCCUGAUUGUGCUACUGCUAAAGAGACGAUGCUCUCGGAACAGAAACUGGGAUGCUUUGGCUCAAUAUGUAUCAGGACUCUUAACACUACAGGCAUAUGGUUCAUGUCUGUUCAGUAGCAUUAUCAGCUCUUGUUGUGUUCCGUUUGGUUUUGCGUUAAAAAAAAGGAUGAACAAAGUGGAUGCCAUGAGACCUGUUCUGUCUGCAGGUCUAAACAAUCCACACACACCCUACAUGUUGCUCGCCUGGCUACCCAAACUCCUUGCUCCAUCCAAACGCUACACCACGCCCACUGACGCUAGUGUCUUCUCCGCAAUGAAUCUGGAUCUGAGUAACCCCCCCGAUGAAUUCUAGAAUGGAAAUCCAUUCUAGACCAUCUGACAGGUCCUACAAACCGAUGGGUUGGGCCAGAGCCAGAACAGGUGAGUAAAGCACCGUUUUGAAAAUUCAUCAUUGGCUUUGAUGCUCUGAUUGGUUAGAGAUGAUCCUAUCGCUGAUGACUUUGUUUGGUACAACACCUCUCAUUUUGAUGUCAUCACAAAUGACUUCAAUGAUGGCAGUCUCAGACUGAAGUACGUAGCGAAUGAUACAGCAGCGGAAUAAUUCAGUUUGAGUCGUCAGGCAAACAGGUUACAUAUUUCGAGGGAGAAAAAACCCCAAAGGUUUAUGUAGGGUUAUGUUACUAAGCUAAAUGUAGUAUUCAGAUUUCAUGUUUCUAUUAUGUUUUGAUUAUUUACAUAAUUACAAUAUGUAUGCCAUUGAACUUAUAGGAUUUAUAGCCGUCUCUUCCUUCUGUUGUACUUUUUCAGUUAGCCUUUUAUAAUUGUAUUUAUCACAGUAGAACAACAGUCUUGUUAGUUCAAAUCUAAUUGAUUACUUGUUAAUAAACAUAUGAAUAGACUCUUCUGGGGAAUGGCAUAAAACCUUUUUCUUUCUGCCUGUUUUGUUCUAGCUUGACACUAGACGGCAGUCUCUCCUCAAUAACUGAGAGAACUGGCAGCCAGAGGCUUGCUGGCUUCAAUAUCCCAUCAGCUACUUUCCACUGUUGUGCUCUUCAGCAAGGCGCGUUUACCCCAGAUCUCCUGUCUGCCCCCAGCCUGUGAUGUGUGUGUUGUUGUGUGUCAAGUUGGGUAAUGUAACAGCAAAAAGAUAAAUAAAGUUAGCAUUGAAAAGUGAAAAUGAUCCAGGGGUCAUAUGGUGAUAGUACAGGAAAUGGUACCCUGAUGAAAGACAGAAUGAGUUCAAUUUGAAUCAUUUCCCCAGACAAAGUGCAGUACUUUAGUAGGCUACAAUACACCCAUUGACGCUAUGAUAAGAUGACUACACAUAUCUCAAAAAGAGAAUUCAAUUAAGGGUUGUUGUUUAGAUGGUGUAUAAUGUUCAAUACUGAUGGUUGAGGAGGGAGUGGUGGUUGAGAAGGGGCUUUGAUGACAUUGACGCCACUUCCUCUGUCUUUAAAAGUCAGACCGACAGAGAGACAGCAGUAACCAGGGCUUAAGUGAUGGAGAUGUUACUGCACUGGUGUCUGCUGUCGAUCGUUUUCUCUCUCAGCACAUCAACCACAGCAACAGAAGCCAUUCUCUGGGUGAAGACAGGGGAGAAGUUUACCAUGAAGUGCUCCACCACUCUAAAAGACCAGGAUGGAAUGUACCUGUAUGUUGGGCUGGACAGGGACAGAGAGGUGUUGUUUUACCACCAGCGUGACUCCAAGUUGACCCUCAGGAAAGGCUACUGGGACAGAGUGAAGACUGAGGGACCUGUGGACCAACUGACCAUCACCGUCAGUAACCUGACCAUAGAGGACACAGGGGUCUACUGGUGUGUUUACACAAAUGUCAACAAAUCCACGUUCAAUAAUUUUAUCAUCCAAGGCAAAGGCUCCACUCUGGUGGUGGUGAAUGACAAUGUCUUACAGCUGCCAUGUCCUACAGCUACUGCAGUAACGCUGACCCCCUUUCACCCAGCCAAUGAGAAGCCGUGCCCAUCUGGCGUGGUAAACAUCAUCAUCAUUAGCAUCUUGACCAUCCUGCUGUGUGUCAUCUUCCUCAUCUGGGUUGCUCCACUGGUGAAGAGGUGCCGUAACCAGGGAGGAUCCACACCCCAGGUCAUUCCUGACAGUGUCUAUGAAGACAUGACCAGGAAUCACACUUCUCUACCUGACACACAGGUAGAAUCAUACCCCUAUUCUGUGUCUUCCAAAGGAGGAAGUAGGACCACUAAGUAGCUUCUUCAAAUGUUUUUUUCUGAGUAUUGCUUCUUUACUUUCUCAGAAUUGAAACAUUGGACAUUUUCCACAUGUGACGCACACACACAAAUAAAAGUAAAGGCUCAACGCUC